AUGGCUUCUUACCUCAUCACGGGGACCUCCCGGGGCAUUGGCCUCAAGAUCACCAGCAUCCUCGCCUCGAAGCCCGCUUCUGAGGUGUCUGUGGUCUUCGCUGCUAGCCGCACGGAAAGUGAUGCUUUGAAGAAGCUGAUUGCAAACUCUUCUGGCCGCGUCAAGUUUAUCAACAUCGAAGUGACCAACGAAGAAAGUGUUAAAAAAGCGGCCAGCGAGGUCAAGCAGGUCGUUGGCGAGAAGGGUCUGGAUGUUCUCCUCAACAACGCUGGCGUCAUGCCCUACUCACCCGAUGGAAUCGAGACAAUGACCGAUCUUGACUCCACGUUCAACACGAACGUUACUAGCGUCCACUUCGUGACCAGCGCCUUCUUGCCCUUGUUGAAGAAGGGUAACCUCAAGAAGGUUGCCAACAUCUCGACCACCCUCGGAUCUAUCGCCAUGUCUCAGCGAUACGCGCUCUUCCCGGUCCCAGCCUACAAGGUCUCCAAGGCAGCUCUCAACAUGCUCACGGUUCAAUAUGCCCAAUCCUUUGCCGAGCAAGGCUUCACGUUCCUGACCAUUUCUCCUGGCUGGGUAAAGACCGACCUCGGCGGUGAUUCUGCCGAUUUGACCGUCAAACAGAGCGCUACUGGUGUUCUGGAUAUCAUUAUUCCUGCUACGACCACAGAGAAUGGGAAGUUCUAUAAUGUACGCGUGCCUGGCUGGGAGAAGGCUGAGGGUCUUAACCAGUAUGAUGGUGCUCAGGCCCCUUGGUAA